CCAGCUUGUUGCUUCGUAUUCAUUCUUUUUAAUUUUAAUACAUAAAUAGAAUUUAAAUAACACAACAUAUCAUCAUUUUGGUGUUCUCAGUGUGAUCUUCCACAGAAACGCUGAACGAAGUGGAAAAGAAUGUGGAAAAGAACUUUUCGUCUGUUCUCUACAGAGGCGGAAACCCCAUCCCUCUACUCCUUUCUCCGGCCAUCAAUCUUCUCUCUCAAAACUGCUCCCCCGCCGUCCUCCGCCGCCGCAUCGAAACCCACCGACGCCACUAAAAAAUCCCUAACCCAUGACCAAAAAUCCAAUCUUGAGGCCGCUCUUCGAGCCUCCCUCACCGCCCACCACACAGAUGAGGCCUGGAAAUCAUUCAAGACUCUCUCCAACAGUUCUUAUUUCCCCAGUAAGCCCUUAGCUAAUUCCCUCAUCACCCACUUGUCUUCCCUCUCCGACACUCAAAACCUCAAGAGGGCAUUCGCGUCUGUGGUUUUCUUGAUCGAAAAGAACCCAGAUUUGCUCUCCCAUGAAACAAUUCGACACUUGCUGACUUCCAUGAGGAAUGCCAACUCGGCGGCGCCUGCUUUUGCACUGGUCAAGUGUAUGCUCAAGAAUCGAUUUUUUGUUCCUUUUAGCGUAUGGGGGAAUGACGUUGUUGACAUCAGCAGAAAAACUGGUAAUUUGGCUGCUUACUUGCCCAUCUUUUACGAGAUUUUUUCUGUUUCUAUGGAUGAGAAAUUGUUGUUCUUGAAACCUGAUUUGGCUGCCUGUAAUGCUGCUUUGGAGUGUUGCUGCCGUGAGGUUGAAUCCGUCAUUGAGGCCAAUAAGGUUGUGGAUACAAUGUCAAGGUUGGGUGUUAGGCCAGAUGAAUAUACUUUUGGAUUAUUAGCCUAUUUGUAUGCAAGAAAAGGGCUAAAAGAGAAAAUUGCAGAGAUAGAAGAUCUUAUAACUAGGUUUGCAUUUCCCAGUAGAAACAUAUAUCUUAGCAGUUUGAUUUCUGGAUACAUAAAGUCGGGCGAUUUAGAAUCUGUAACGGCUACGGUCAUACAUAAUUUGGGAGUCGAUGGAGAAGAAGGUAAAAUAAUUUUAAGUGAGGAAACAUGUGCCGAAAUCGUAAAAGGGUUCCUUGACAAUGGUGGAAUCAAGAGUUUGGCUCAUUUAAUAGUUGAAACACAAAAGCUUGAAUCUUUUUCAGUUACGGCUGAGAAAUCUUUUGGGUAUGGUGUGAUCACUGCUUGUGUAAACCUAGGAUUAUUGGAUAAGGCACACACCAUUCUUGAAGAAAUGAACAUUCAGGGAACUAGUUCAUGUCUCGGCGUCUAUAUCCCAAUACUAAAUGCCUACUGCAAAGAACGGAGAACGGCUGAAGCUACUCAGUUGGUUAUGGAAAUCAGUAGCUCCGGACUCCAGCUAGACGCUGGAAUCUAUGAUUCUCUAAUAGAAGCUUCCAUGUCCUGCCAAGAUUUCCAGUCAGCCUUCUCUCUUUUCAGGGACAUGAGAGAAUCCAGAAUAUCUGACCUCAAAGGUAGUUAUUUAACCAUAAUGACCGGCUUAACCGAAAGCCACCGGCCCGAACUCAUGCUGGCCUUCUUAGAAGAAGUCGUAGAUGACCCACGGGUCGAAUUGGGUACCCACGACUGGAAUUCCAUCAUCCACGCCUUCUGCAAGGCGGGAAAGAUGGAAGAUGCCAAAAGAACCUUCAGGAGGAUGAGUUUCCUGAGGUUUGAGCCGAAUGGGCAAACAUAUAUCUCUCUGAUCAAUGGGUAUGUGGCUGGGGAGAAGUACUUCAAUGUUCUUCUGCUGUGGACUGAGGUGAAGAGGAAGGUUUCGGUUGAAGGGGAGAGGAGACUGAAACUGGACAACAGUUUGGUGGAAGCUUUUUUGUAUGCUCUGGUGAAAGGAGGGUUCUUUGACGCCGUGAUGCAAGUGGUGGAGAAAUCUCAAGAAAUGAAGAUCUUUGUGGAUAAGUGGAGGUACAAGCAAGCUUUCAUGGAAAAGCAUAAGAAGAUCAGAGUGUCAAAGCUGCGAAAAAGGAACACGAGGAAAAUGGAAGCACUGGUUGCUUUCAAGAACUGGGCUGGUCUUAAUGCUUAAUGGCAUAACUACCCUUAUGGGUUCAAUGAUCCUCCGUAACGCCACAUGAUUGGGGUUUCAUUGAAUUUUGAAGUGAUCUCGACCGUUCAUUGACAUAUAGCCACAGUUCACUGGUUUUUCCGACGUGCAGGGUUAUGUUUGGAAGAAAUGGUGCUUUCUUCAAGAGGUUUUUUGUACGUGCCAUAUGUUUUAGCAUCAAAUUUUCACCUCUUGCAGUCUUGCUACUGUAAAACACACAUUCUGCAUUGCUCAGUUGAAUAUAGUGACAUUGAAUACAUCCAUCAUUUCUUUGUAAAUGUUUAUGUUUGGAGCAUAUUGCUGCACACUGGUUCAGACUUUAAGAGUUUGGUAGUUUAGAAGCUUGUCACCCAAUUCUAAUCGGUUCUUGGUCUGAUGGAUCCAAGUUUCUCUAACAAGAUAAACGGAAUCAUAGGCGAGUCCACGGGUUGAAAGGGUAUAGCAGAUUCGAUAUACUCUCUCCGUCCCCGUGUUUUUGUCCACAUUUGACUUUUGGAACUGUUCAUCUAAGCACUUUGACUCAUCAAAUUCUCUCAAUGUGUAAGCCUAAAUAUAGUCAUGUGUGAUCUUGUUUGAUUUGUCUUAACAUAUAGAUUAUUAAUAUAUAAUUUCUAUAAUUUUUUAAUAUACAAAUUACAAGAUAAAAUGGAUUAAAGAAGUGCAUUGGAU